CAACAAAGAUCCCCUUCUUCACUUAAUGCUUGUGAAACUCCUGAUAAAUCUCCAGAUGAUCUAAAGAGUAAAGUUGCAAUGUAUAUCGGAAUGUAUAAGGAUGAAGUUAAGAUGCUGAAUUUGGUGCAGCUGCAUGACUUGCUGUCUGAUCUGGAGAAUUUAAUUCAAGAUCAUUCAGAAACUCUUAUACGGGAAUUGGCUUUGCGAGAUGAAUUGGAAUUUGAAAAAGAAUUAAAAAAUACUUUUAUUUCUUUGGUUUUAAGCAUUCAAAAUAAAAGACGACAACAUAAUAUAGAUAAGAAAAUUAGUAGGAAUGGGAGCAUUAAUGGAACAGAAUUAAAAUAUCUUAGCACAGUUAUCCCUUACGAUCCAGCACAAGGCUCACCUGAUAAUCCUACUCUACAAAUUUUGAUCAAAAUAUUGCAAGCAAUCAACGAUGAUAGUCCGACUGUUCCUACGUUGCUGACCGAUUAUAUAUUGAAAGUAUUUUGCCCAACUUGAAGUGAUUUCAUGUCUGUAAAUAUCAGGACUGCAGAUUGCUGCUUUUUUUUUUUUUUUUUUUUUUUUUCCAGAAUGUUAUUGAUAGUGUGCUUUCAACUUGCAAGCUUAUGUAAGAUUACUUUUUCUAUAAAAGUGUAGAUAGAAGUGGUUAUACAUGAAACUAAAUUAGUUAUGUUUUGUUUGACUCAGGGUUGGAAUUAGUCAUAUUUAUUUUGCUGUGCUUUUGUUUUAAUUUAUUUAGAGUAGCAGCAAUAUUGUGAUUUUUUUAAAAUUGUGUAUAUAUUUGCUUUUUAAGAAGCAAUUUUGUUUCUAAAUGUGGUUAUUGUUGUCCAUUAAAUAAGAAGGCACAUGUGCAGUCAGCUUUAAGGGAUUUAAAGAUGGCCGAAUUUUUUUAUUUAUUCAUGUAUUUUAUGGAAAUAUCCAUAAAUGAUUAUCAUCCAUACACAUGAAUAAUUGCUUAAGUUUUACAUUUAUGUGUAAUUAUUUCACUGUAAUAUAUUUACAUUGCUGUAUGUUAUUCUUUAUUUAUAGUAUAUGCUUUAUUUAUAGUAUAUAUAUUAGUCAUAUAGUAUAUGCUCAUCUAUCAUUCUGCAUUUUUGAAAAAUGGUUGCUUUUAUGUUCUUGUUUAAACUGUGCAUUUUAAUUAAAAAAGAUAAAAGGAUUGGUAAAUUUACGUUUCUCUAUAUAAGCAUUCAAAAUAACCUUUAUAUUAUCAUAAUGAUUUUUUGUUUUGUUUUACUUUUAAUUAAACAUCCAAAUGUUAAUAAACGUCUUAUAUAUAAUAGUGAAAGUAUUUAUUUUGAAUCUGUGUACCAUGUACAGCAUUUGUACUUUAUGUACAAGAGAAGAAAAUGUGAUUUUAUAUUUAAAUAUAACUGAAUAUAUUUGUUUUGCUACAUAUUUCAUUUUUAAAGGAUCUUUAAUUAUUCAAAGCGUAAAUGAAGAUACACUAAAUAGUAACAUAUUAGUGUAUCUUCAUUUACGCUUUGAAUAAUUAUAAGUCAUUUUAAGUAGGUUCAACUAAUUAUUUGUGCCUUUAUGAAUUUUUUGGAAAUCAUGGUUGAAAACUGUUGUCUUGUUAUAAAGUAUUAAAAAAGAUUUUUUUUUUUAAAGCCUUAAUUGGGGGUUUUUAAAACAGAAAUUUCUAUCAAAAUUUGCAUGUUUCAGGUAGGUUUCGGAAAACUUGACUGAAAAAAUGUCUUAUGGUAGUGGUUUUAUAACAUGUGCAAUUUCACAUACCAAUAUAUAUAUAUAUGCAUUUUAACUGUUGUAUAAGGUUCACAUGAGAUUUUCCUAGUCAUACAUAUGUAAGUUAUAAAUUUAUUUCUUUAUAUUUUGUAAUUUUACAUAAAUUAAAAUUUUCAUAUAUAUUUUUGAUUUAUGUUACAAAUUCUGCUGUGCAGUGUAGCAUUUUUCUGAAAAAUUGAACUAUUAGUAAUAAUUUUUAUUAAAAAACAUUAGUACUAAUUUGGAUAGUUAUUGGAUACAAAAAUUUCAAAUCAGGCAAAAUCAUUAUAAAUGAACAUAUGAUUAUUUUUUUUAUGUAGCACUUAAAAAAUGUUUUUAAAUGUAUUUAUAAUAUUAAAUAGCAAACAAUAUCAUAAACUUAGAAAUUGAUUUCCAAUUUUAUUAAUUAUCAACUUCAGAAUGUAAUGGAUAUAGAAGAAUGUGUUAAUUCAAGAUUUAAUUAAUUGUUCUGCAUUUAUCUUUUUCUCUCCAAUAUAUUUUUGUAAAACAAUGUGAUGCUUUUUUUUUUCCCCUUAGAAUUUUAUGUUAAGUUACAUUAAUAUGUAGGCAAAUGAUACAGUUAUAGUUUAUUAAAAUGUAAAAAUGUUGUUUUAUUAUAUAACUUGAGAAUUUUUCAUUUAUGAAAUUCUUUAUAGUAUUUUAUUUAUGAUAUUGCUCUACAUACUUUUGUUAACAAAGGUGUUUUUAUACUUUUAUUAUAACAUUGCUUUAAAUUCUAUGAGGUUUUAGUGGAAAAGUUUGAGUGGGGGAGUUUAUUUGUGACUGAUAUUUUUAUUCUCUUGAAUUAGUUAUUUAUUUUCUGUAUUUUGUAGAAGAGAUCCUAAUUUGAUUAUUAUUUUUUCAUUCUGUAAUUUCUUUAGUUGUAAUUAAAUUAUUUUUUAUGUAUGUUACUUUUGUAACUGUUCACAUUUUAUAGUGACAAAUUGUUUUUUAUAAAAAAGAAAGCACGCUAACAUUAAACCUAGCAAAACAUAGAAAUGAAAGUUGUGUCAGAAGUAAAAUUAUUUAUUAGUAAUUAUAUUGUCAUCUUAAACUAUUUUAUAUUAUGAAGGUGGGGGAUAUUGUUUGCUUCAAAAAAUGAUGUAGUAAUAAAACUAGUUGACUUUUGUCACAAUAAUUUUUUCUUUCAAAAUAAAUACGUAUAUAAAUGGGUUUUAGAUCUGUUUGUGCAUCUAAAUUUACAACAGCUAUCAGUGGCAUUUUGAAACAACUAAGUAAUUAUGCAUUUGUAAAAAAAUAAAAAUACCAUUAUUAUUUUAUACACUUAUUAAUUCUUUUAGUAUUACUAAUACAGUGUAACGAUUGUGCCCAUAACUAAACAUAACUUGUGGCAAAUCCACCAACUGGCAUGUAAGCGACUUAUUUCUAUGUCUAAUAUGAAACAAAACUAAGAAGGGUGUGAAAGGCACUUUACUGAAAGCUGAGUAAGUGAACAGAAGGCACAUCUUGUGUCUACAAAUCAGUCAGUAUUUAUGUGUGAACUCAAAAGUAGAAAUUUAAAUUAAAAUGAACUCUUAAGUAACUGUUAGCCAAAGGCUAUGCAAAAAUAUUUAAAUGCUGAAGUUGGUUCUUAAGCCUACACCUUCCUGACAGCACUAUCGGCAAAAAUAAAGCAAUGCUGUAGACGGAAACUCUUAUCUUAGAAUAGCAAAUAGUAAUGUGGCCAUCAGCAGGCAGAACACAUUCUGAAACAAUCUCAAACUUUCACUUAGAUGCAGGUGAGCUAAUUUGCAUUUCAGCAGGAAACAGAAAGAGAAAAGUGACAGUAAAGAUGCUAAACAUUAAAUAACUGGUUAAUUAUAUAAAUAAACCUUACAACUGUAAAGGAAUUAUGAAUUGUCUUUUAAAAUCCUUCAUUUUUACAUUACAUUUUUACAUCAAAAUUAAAGGAUUAAUAGAAAUAUAUACAAAAGCAUUAGUUAACAUAAAUUUCAAUGUUUAGCAACAAAAUAUUGAAAUUAAAACUAAAUUUAUGGAAACUGGAAAAUGGGAGAAAAAUCAAAUCAUUUCUCAUUCAAAAAAUUUUUUCUUUAAUACUGUGUUGGUCACCUCAGACAAAUAUGCAUACCACAUCUUGAUUUCAUAGAUUUUACAGUCUUGUGGAAUUGCAUUCUACUCUUCUAAAAGUGCACUUUUCAGCUUCUGGAGGGUCCUGGAAGGAAUUUGCUGUGCUAAAAUUUGGCACCUAAAGGCACUGCUUGCACGCUGAAUCGAGUUCAAGUCGCAUACACACACACACAUAUAUGUGUGUUUGUGUGCGUGUAAAAUAUAAAAAAUAUGAUGGCUUUGCUCUACGCGAGUAGGCAACCUCUAAUUAACUUUCCACAAUUUCAGGAUCUUCCUCCUAGACCAAUACUUUCGAGAAAAUUCUGGCAUGUUACAUAAUUGCUGCGAUAAAUGAAGAGUUCGAGCCAGUUUCCGUCAGAUUGUUUCUCUGCCUGCUGCUGUAAAACACUUUCGCUGCCACUCUUCCAGUCUGUCUUCUUUGUUUGAAUAGUAUGACACAGUAAAGUUAAAGUUAAUCGCAUUUAGUCUAAAUUACUAUCACAUAUGCAAUCUGGGAAAAUCUAAAAGAAAUCUGCCAUUUUAAGUGAAUAAAGAUAUGGAGUUUUAAAAAGUGAAAUCUUUCGGUGUCAUCAUUUCUACUGUUUUCCACUCCACAGCGACCACACCCAGACUCUGAUGUGACCAGAUUGCUAAGCUUUAUCAUUUCCAAUGCCAAUCUGCUGCAAAUGUUACAUAUAUAUAUACAUUGAUAUAUUGAACUAAAUUUCAUAUACAGUCAAAAGUCGUAAAUUCGGACACCCAUAAUCCGGAAUGAUCUAUAAUCCGGACCUCAAAGCUAAAAA